GGCGAGCAUGCGCCCGACAACUCCAAAUCGGCAACUGUUGCUCCUAAGCGCUCCUGCCGGUUCUCGGACCGCCGGCUCAGCGAUCUCCUCCUUCUAAACCAGGCUGCCCCUCAUCUAUUUCCAUUAGAUGUUUGAUGCCCGAGCCCAUCCCGGGAGCGGACCGGUUCGGCUCACAGCUGCCCCCGAGCGCCCGGCGCCAUCCAAAUUGCUCUCCGCCGCGGCGGACCAGCAGACGUCCCCUUCCCCCCCCAGCCCCGCGCCGUCCCCCGGCCGUUUCAAAGCGCUCUCAGCAGCAGCGGAACCCGAGCGGCUCGGAGAUGGGCGGUCGCGGUACGGGCGUGAAGCGGCCCCGGCACCGCAGCAUCCCAGGACCCGCCGGGCUCGGCACCGCGCUGCGCAUGCAGCACCGCGCACACAGCCCCGCGGCGCACGCGCACUGCCGCUCGGAGGACUGAGCGUGACGGAGAUCGGCGGAUGCGCCGCGCAGAGCGACGGCGACGUCCGCGCAGCACUUCGGCGCGCGUCCCGCUGCCUGCGGCACCGAACGUACGCGGCCGCCAUUCCGCCGAUCGGCCACGCGGGGGCGCCAGAGACCGCGGAAACGACGACUCCGAGCGGAUCGACGUUGACCCGCACCGCCUCGUCCCGUGAUGUUUUCCAAAGCAUGAAUCUUGUCCACACACAGUGCUUCUGUAAAUGUUGGUAUGGCUGGGAAUGGCAAACCAAGUAAUGAUGGAUUGGAGAGUGAUGAAAA